AUGGCGGACUACUUGGCCAUCUUAUGGGACUGGUACAUUAUGAAGCAGGAUUUGGGGGUACACACGGAUGAAAAGAUAUUUGAGGAACGCUUUUGGAACACUAUAGGAGAAGUAUGGGCACAGUUUAAGGAACAUAUGGAAACUUCGGGCCAUGAUUUUGCCAUAGAGCUAUUAUGUGCUACAAAAUCCGAUAAAGAGGGGAAUGAGGGCGAGGAAGAAUUAGACCCAAAGGAUAAAGCUACAUGCGAGUUAGUGCUUAGAGCGCUAUACUUCAAGCAUGCAAUCUCUGGGAAGUGGGACCUUACAGGCACAGGGGCCACCGACCCAGGACAUCGGGAACAAGGGCAGGACGAGGUAGGGUCCUAUAUGAAGUGUGUCCUAGUAAAUAUAUUUUUGAAGAGAAUAAUAGGUCACACAUGUUUAAACACGGAAGGAGGGAACCUGGCAUUUCGGGCAGCAGAAGCACUAGUGAAAGAAGGAGAUAAGAAGCAGCCUAAUAUGACAUGUGAAGAGCAGGAUAUGCAGCAUAACAGUGGGAUAAGGGGAGACCCGGGAAAAUGGGAUUUAUGGCGAAUAAUGGAGAGAUGGCUGGAUAGGAAUAGGACCAGGUUGCAUGAUGGAAAGCAAGGAGUGUUAGGCGAAGAUUGUGAAGUAAAAGUAAGGCACAAGGGGGCAGAAAGUGUCCCCUAUGUAAUAAAAGUGUCGGAAGAGGAAAUAUAG